GUUCUCUAAAGAUUCUUUCUGCGUUGUACUUCGUCUACCAUUUUUAGAAUCGAGCUUUUCCAUUGAAGGCUCCUUAACCGGAUCUUAUUAAUUGACGUACAUAUUCCAAAAAAACCGGAACUUUUAAAAUGUAAAAGGAAACGACUCAUAUUACGUAGUCUCUUCAACUUUCAAGCUUUUAUCUGUUUGGUCGAACUCUCAAACAUCUCCUCGCUCGGAGCUCGAGGCAGACAGGUUUGAUUCCAAGUUUGCUGGCGUGGCGACAGCUUGUACGUCAAAGUUACAGACUUCACCAUGUCAGACAAGACAGGCGACGCACAUAAUUAUUUAUAAAACUUGCAAACCGGAGCUUGGGAGAAGGACAGAAAAGAUCAAACGGGCUGUACAUCUUUAGCUAUUGGCGUUAUUGCAGGGAGUCGAAUGGCCUCUGUGGUGACUGUGAAGACGGAGAAGAGGCCUGCCCCUGAUACCAACGAUGUCAGCUCCAACGCCAAGAAACCCAGGAAGCUGCUGCCCAGCCUGAAGACCAAACGCGCCCCGGAGCUGGUGCUGGUGAUCGGGACCGGGGUGAGCUCUGCCGUGGCACCCCAGGUCCCAGCGCUGCGCUCCUGGAAGGGACUGAUCCAGGCCCUGCUGGACGCCGCAAAUGACUUUGACCUCCUGGAGGAAGAGGAGAGCCGGCGCUUCCAGAAGAGCCUGCAGGAGGACAAGAACCUGGUGCACGUGGCCCAUGACCUCAUCCAGAAACUGUCCCCGCGCACGGGGAACGUCCGCUCCACCUUCUUCAAGGACUGCCUGUACGAGGUGUUCGACGACCUGGAGUGCAAGAUGGAGCACGCGGGGAAGCACCUGCUGCGCUCGGUCCUGCAGCUGAUGGAGAGCGGGGCGCUCGUCCUCACCACCAACUUCGACAACCUGCUGGAGAUCUACGCGGCUCACCAGGCCACCAUGCUGGAGUCCCUGGACCUGACCGACGAGAAAAAGGUGCUGGAGUGGGCCCAGGAGAAGAGGAGACUUAGCGUAUUGCACAUCCACGGUGUGUACACCAACCCCAGCGGCAUUGUACUUCACCCUGCCGGCUACCAGAAUGUUCUGAGGAACACAGAGGUCAUGAGGGAGAUCCAGAAGCUGUAUGAGACCAAGUCGUUUGUGUUCCUGGGCUGUGGGCGGACGGUGGACGACACCACGUUCCAGGCGCUCUUCCUGGAGGCGGUGAAGCACAAGUCGGACCUGGAGCACUUCAUGCUGGUGCGCCGCGAGGACGUGGGCGAGUUCAAGAAGCUGCGCGACAACAUGCUGGACAAGGGCAUCAAGGUCAUCUCCUACGGCAACGAGUACGCCGACCUGCCCGAGUACUUUGAGCGGCUGGCCAACGAGAUCUGCACCCGCGACGUGGUCACCAACGGCUGGGGGUCUCCCAGUCAGGCAGCUGAAGAAGGGAAGCAGAACGGUUUUAAUGCACAGAAGAGCCUCCUCCAAGUCACCAGAUCAGCCUGUAACGCCCCAGUCCUGCCCACAAAGGGAAGGGAAGCGCCAGAAAACAGGACUGCAGGGGAGGGGGCGGGGUUUAGCACCUCAAACCAGAGAAAAGGGAUGCCCCGGGCCUUUCCAGAGUCCGACACCAGGGGGUGAACAACCAGCCUCUCCCAAACCCGCAGGGUCUGCAUCACCCCCCCUCUACCUCCACCAGCGGGACCCUGGUCCACAUUUUCACCCCUCAAAUUUUCCGUCUGGGGGAAAAAAAAGGCCUCAGGAUGAAGAUGAGCGGACCGCUCGCUGGCUUGUGGGAAUUUCAGAAAGUUGACACUGAACGUAAUCAUUGAACAUUUUACAUAAUUACAAAAACACACAGGCCUCACUACAAACGCAGCACUACAGUACCCCCCCCCCCCCCCACCCCCGGUACGUGUGCUGCUCCGAAAGCACAUGACCCCUUCACCCAGGCCACGAGACCCCAGGACCAGUGAAAAGAGGUUCAGCCGCCAGAGUCCGCCAGUCCCCUGGCCAGUGACGUGCUGAAAGGUCUCCUGUACGCAGGCCUUUAAUUAAGCUUUCCUAUUAAAAAUCCUGCAUGUGUUUUGUGACUUCUAUUAGAAAUUCUGUAUAUGUUGUUUUGUGACUUGUCUUUGUUUAGGUAUUUAUACAUCCAGUAAUAUAAAAAAAUGUACGUCCAUUGCCAUCUUCUGUGUGUCCUUUUCUAGUAAAUUAAAAGCGGUGAUUUAGUAAAAAUU